AUGUCGGUCGUUUCUCUUCUUGGCGUGAAAAUCGUCAAUAAUCCUGCCUCUUUCCUCGACCCCUAUCAAUUUGAGAUCACUUUCGAAUGUCUUGAACAGCUGCAGAAAGAUCUGGAGUGGAAGCUCACCUACGUCGGUUCGGCGACAUCCUCCGAGUAUGACCAGGAACUCGACUCCCUGCUGGUGGGACCGAUCCCCGUUGGUGUCAACAAGUUCAUCUUCGAGGCCGACCCCCCAGACCUCAAGCGCAUCCCUACUUCCGAAAUCCUGGGAGUUACCGUGAUUCUCCUCACUUGCAGCUAUGACGGCAGAGAAUUCGUUCGUGUCGGUUACUAUGUAAACAACGAAUACGAUUCCGAGGAGCUUAUGGAGCAGCCGCCGGCUCGGCCGAUCAUCGAACGCAUUCGUCGGAAUAUCCUUGCUGAGAAGCCCAGAGUAACCCGGUUUGCCAUCAAAUGGGACUCGGAGGAAUCUGCUCCCGCUGAAUACCCGCCAGAUCAGCCCGAAGCCGACCAGGAGGGAGAUGACAGUGCCGCCUACGGUGCAGAGGAAGCAGAGCUCGAAGCAGCCCUCUUCAAGGAGCUCAACGAGCUGGAGCCUAAGACCGAAGAUCAGGAGAUGGAGGGAACCGAAGGCCCUGCCACCAAGGAAGAAGAGGAGGAAGAUAUCUCGGAUGCCGAGUCUGAGGACAUCGAAGAUGAGAGUGACGAAGAUGAGGAGGAACUCGACGAGGAAGAGGGCGACGACGGCGAUGAGGACGUCGAAAUGGGCGAUGAUUCCGAGCAGAAGGAUGAAUCAGCCGGAGGCGCCAGCAACAACAACCCGGCGGCCCAUCAACAACAGCCCGAGUUGAUGGUGCACUAA